AUGAAACCAGCCGAAAUGGAGGAAUCAUUGCAUGACUUUGAGCCAAUUCGAACACGAGACGACUUCGAAACAUGCCGAAUUGAUUUCUCGGAUAUGAAGCAAACGAUCGAUUGUCCUCCGAUGUUACUCAAAUAUGUCAUUGGAAAAGGUGGAGAGAAAAAACGAGAAAUCGAGCAGGAAACAAAAACUCGAAUCACAAUUCCAGACAGGAAAAAUCCCGAUGAUCCUAUUGUUGUCCAGGGGUUAUCGAGUGCUGAAAUGUUGAACUCCGCUUUGACCAGAAUUCAGUUGACAAUGGAUCGAGGUCGCGCAAAAGAGCCCUUCACUCAUUUCGUAUCCAUUCCAGUUGUUAAUGUUGAAGUUUUGGAAAGAUUUGAAGUGUUUAAAGAGUCUGUUUUGUCCAUGGGUUUUGCUAAGUCUCGCAGAAUUGAUGAACAGUUAUUUCAGAAACCUCAAAAACUCCAUAUCACCGUUGCAACUUUGGCCUUACUGAGUAAGAACGAAGUCAAGGAAGCUGUUGAACUAAUGAACAAUCUACAUAAGGAGCUUUCGGCUUUAGUAAAUGGGAAGAAUUUGUCGUUUCAGCUCAAAGGUCUUGAAAUUAUGAAUGACGACCCGAGCUCUGUGGAUGUUUUGUACGCCAAAGUUGACGGCGAGAGUUCGAUGAUGUUGCAAGUGAUAGCUGACACUGUUUAUGAGAGAUUUUCCAACACUGGUUAUUUGCAAAAGAGCUUUGAGCGUGAUAGUGUUAAGAUGCAUGUAACAUUGAUGAAUUCAAAAUUCAGAGGCGAAAGAGUUUCGAAGGAUGUGAAAAACAGCGAAGACUGUGACGAAGAGGAAAGGAAAACUUUUGACAUCCAGGAAGUUUUGGACAAUAUGGGUGAUUUUGAUUUUGGAGCUAUAACCGUCGAUAAAAUUCAUUUGUCGCAGAGGUAUUCUACUAAUUCUAAAACUGGUUAUUAUAGUGAAAGUUGUAUUUUGACAUUAAGUUAA